CUUUCGCUGCUGCUUCGUGUGCCCAAAAACAUCGCGGUUUCUCAACCACGAUGUCGCGAGCGAUAUCAUUAUUGCUGCUGAUAAAUGCAGUCGCCAGGCUCGAAUGAUCGUUUCCGACAGAAGAUAUCGCGGCUAGCGAUAAGAUACCAUAUCCCCUGGUACCGAAAUCCUACCGGACUCCGAGAUGCACCAACAGCUACCCGAAGAACUGGCCAUGGCCGGGCAAUGAUUGCCUGUAGCUUUGAAACUGUUGGCUUACGCUUACAUGUGUCGCAUUUAUCAUGCGGCUGACAUCUGUCUUGCCCUUGAAAAUUCUGAAGCUUAAAUUCCCACAACACGACUCACGACUUUCUGACUAUACCUGCUAAUCGCCCUCAUGUCGGUGCGAUCAUAGUAACCGACAGGAAAACCCAGCAAGAUCCUCAAAGAUGCCGUCCACGGGGUCCAAAAUCCCUUCCACGAUACCCGACUCAACCCACCUUCCGCGCAUCCUUUGCCUCCAUGGCGGAGGCGUCAACGCUGCCAUCUUCAAAGCCCAGUCGCGUUCGCUCAUCCGCCACCUACAACAUUCGUUUCGCCUCAUCUGGGUUGACGGCCCGUUCUUUUGCGAUCCCCACACCGACGUCAUCCAAGUAUACGGCUCGUAUGCGCCGUUCCGAAGGUGGCUGCGAUGGCUGCCCGAACACCCAGAGAUUGAUGCGGAGACCUGCAUCGAUGAGAUAGGCUACGCAAUACGGACGGCAAUGGAAAAUGACGAUCGAGACGGUGGCCAGGGCGAAUGGGUCGGCCUGAUGGGGUUCAGUCAAGGAGCGAAGCUGAGCGCGAGUCUGCUGCUAGAACAACAAGCCAGAGAGUCAAAGGCAGUCCGGGAAGGAAAGACAAAGUGGGAUGUUGGGCCCAUCGGCAUACCCGGCUUGAAUUGGAGAUUCGGCGUGCUGCUGGCAGGCCGUGCACCCAUGUCCAACCUCAAUCCGAGCUUGCUCAAGAGUCAGGCACUUGUGAGCGCUGCAGACCUCUCGGAAGGCUUUCAGUUUGUGAAAGAGGUUGAUGAUGAGGCAAUAUUGAGACAGCCGACGAUCCACGUUCAUGGUAUGGCCGAUGCGGGUUUGCAUUUGCACCGAAGAUUGUACAAAGAGUACUGCGAGCAAGGGAGCACAAGAUUGGUCGAGUGGGAGGGUGCGCACAGAAUACCGAUCAAAAGCGACACGGUUGAACGCGUUGUUGGUGCAAUCUACGAUAUCGCAGAACAGAACGAGAUUGAGGUAUCCUGGACUGUCAAUCGACGGCCCUCUUGGACCUCUGCUACUCCUUGAUUGAAGGGGGACAUUUUCUACUCCCACUUUGAUGCCAUGUAAAGCGCAUCUUUAAGCCAGUCCGGCAGUAUUGGGUGGCGCACUAGCAGGCCGGCUCCAGGUAGUGCCCCAAGUAUGACUUGGACUCCAGUGAGUAUCUGCUGUUUCAACACGGUACGAUAUCGCUGGUGUCCAUGUCAACGUAUGAGGCCGUCCUCGUUCGUCGGUCCUCGUUGCGCCUUGAAGUAGUUCAGCGGUCAAACCUAGAAUAAACUGCGUUCAGCC